GCGGUGCAGAUAUCCCCAUUUGUUUGCCGGUGGCUAUUAUUUACGGGACCUGCGAUGCAGUUACCCCUAUUGUUUGCUUGCGGCUAUCAGCUAGGGGACCUGCGGUGCAGUUAUCCCCAUUUGUUUGCCGGUGGCUAUUAUUUAUGGGACCUGCAGUGCAGUUACCCAAAUAUGUUUGCUUGCGGUUAUCAUUUAGGGGACCUGCGUUGCAGAUAUCCCCAUUUGUUUGCCAGUGGCUAUUAUUUAUGGAUCCUGCGGUGCAGAAUACCAAUUUGUUUGCCAAUGGCUAUUAUUUAUGGGACCUGCGGUGCAGUUAUCCCAAUUUGUUUGCAAUGGUAUUUAAGGGAGCUAUGGUGCAGAUUUCCCCUUUUUCUAUGUCAGUAUCUUAGUUAGGGGAGCUGCCAUGCAGUAACACCCUAUCAUAAAUAGUAAGGCCUUCAGUGUCUUGCGGUGCACACCACAGGCAUGCCUUACUUGGUAUCACUUCAGUUUAUUAAUGCAAUUUCAAUUAACUUCCAGAUGCCUCUGAACAAACGGAAGCCGGCAACAGCGUCUAGCUGCUCUUGCUGCGAGGUAUCCCCUUCGCCAGCUAAACAAGCGAAACCAUCACCAACGCCGCGUACGCUGGUUUCUCCCGCCUUACAGUUGGCGCACCAAGACACCCAGUCUACUGAGACAGCUGUCCCGGCGACGCCCGCAGUUAAUCCUGGAGUGAGAGCUAGUUCCUCUGGAAUCAACAGACUGCAUAGACACACAGUGUCAACAGGGAAUGUUGUGUCCUUUGUUCACGAGAGUUCGGGCGACGAAUCUGACAAUGCCACAACCGCUUCAGAAAGGAGCUUAAUGUUAGUGCGUUCCAAGGUGACAACGGUCAACAUUCCCUCUACUCAGUCACCGAGGCCUCUUUUGGUCGACGAUUCCGAUUUUGACACGGAGCCCGAGUCGAUGGAUCCAGACAUUAUCCAUACUAACUUGAUUACAGGUAGCCAAGUUCCUCACGCCAGCGCCCGAAAAGGACAGAGAGCCAACACUCAUACCGGAAGAUCUGAUUUCAAUCCACUAAAUUGUAGUGUGCUCUCAUUACUAAAUAAGUCCUUAGCACCAUCAACUUUUACUUCCUAUAAGAAUGCGUGGAGGCACUAUCAGUCAUUCCACCAGCUUCAUUAUAACAGCCAUGUCUUGCUGCCAGUCCCAACCGAAAGGCUGGCCCAAUUUAUUUCAUCGUGAUAUAGUGUUUAA